AUGGCUACACUAUACCGACAACAACAGCCGUCUGAGCCCUCUAGAUCCUCCACUACACACGCUCUAUUGCAACUAGACUGCAGCGCAGAUCUCCUCUUGUAUUCUCGAAAUCUCGGUCCAGGCGUCCAAGCACGCUGCUUUGAGCGCAAAAAUGAAGCAUUACGCGCACAACUAGACCAGCAUCGCGACUUCCUCAUUCAACAAAAAAUUCACAGUCCUGUUCCUCGUCUUGACAUUCCUCGACAAGAUGAUACUCAGAGGCUCAAUGCGCACAGUGUUGCCUCCCAGCUGAUUCCAUUGCAUGUUAUUACGCAGCCGCGACAUCAACCCGAAAUACAAAUCCCUAUCCGACAACAGCCUGCAAUGAACGUCCUUGUGCGCCCGCAAAGUCCCGUUGAAGAUGACAUGGACGUUCAUCCUGUUGCUCUCCCGCAAGCUUUCGAGCCCUUCGAUCCCGUGUUGGAAGAACGUCGGCGAUACGAAGAUAUGUUAAUUCACCACCGAUUGUAUGAACGCAGAGUUCAAUAUCUUAGGAAUUUAUCAGGAGGCCAAUUAGAAGGCGACGGAAAUAUUGGUUUUUAG